AAUGCGUCAUCGUUGUGCGCCAUACGAUGUUAUAAGCUGCGUAAACGGGCCGCUGGUGAAAAGAGUUGCGACGUGUUAAAACCUUUUCUUAAAGUGUAAGGUGUUUUGGGGAAAGAUUUCCAAUCAUGGCAAUGCAAGCAGCUAAGCGAGCGAAUAUUCGCUUACCUCCAGAGGUGAACAGGAUACUGUACAUACGUAACCUUCCAUACAAGAUCACAGCAGAAGAAAUGUAUGAUAUCUUUGGGAAAUAUGGGCCAAUUCGGCAGAUUAGAGUUGGGAACACACCAGAGACCAGAGGAACUGCCUAUGUAGUCUAUGAGGACAUCUUUGAUGCCAAGAAUGCCUGUGACCACCUUUCUGGAUUCAAUGUUUGCAACAGAUACCUGGUUGUUCUGUACUACAACGCGAACAGAGCAUUCCAGAAAAUGGACACAAAGAAAAAAGAGGAGCAGCUGAAACUUCUCAAGGAGAAAUAUGGCAUAAAUACAGACCCCCCAAAGUAACAAUCAUCCCUAAGUGAAGCUGUCAAAAUAAGUCACGUUUCCCUUUUUGGGUACAGCUAAUUUACCUUAACUUGUGUAUUAAACAUGGAGCUUUUAGGACUCUUCUUCCCCCCCAUACGCGCAUGGAAAAAGCUUACUUAUGCAAUGUAUCACUAGGUUUAUUUUGCCUUUUAAUUCAGACUUUGAUUGAAAUGGCUGGCUUGUAAUUGGGUUUUAUUGCAAAUUAAUAAACUGUUCUGGGAACACUUAUGCAUUAUAAGCCAUACCCAGUUUGUAAUGGUA